UCUUUCUCUCUUGAAUCCCGAUCUUUACCACCGUCUAAUAAGCAUCACUCUACGUUUCGUACUUUCGUUUCGUUGAUUACUAAUCUAACGUUUCUUUUUUUUGUAAAAAAAAAACGCCGAUCAUGGGCCUGUUGGAGAAGUUGUGGGAUGAUACUGUUGCUGGGCCUCAGCCCGAUUACGGCCUUGGACGUCUCCGGAAAUUCAAUACUUUCAACGUUCGCCCUUCACCUUCUAAGGAAAUGGAGGGAGGAAAUAAUGGAAGAUCAUACGGUGGAGAUGGAAUAUCAGGAGCGGAUAAUCAGGAGGAAAUGAGAGUGACGAGAAAAAUAAUGAUAGUGAAGCCACCGGGUUAUAAUCAGGGAGCUGGAUCUGCACCGGCAUCACCUGCGGGUACUACGCCACCGGCGUCGCCGUUUUCCGGAAGCAGAUCAGGAGCAUUCAGCUUUCGAAGGAGAUCUAUGUCAGAUGCGAAUGAGAAGGCAGCGAAUGAGGGCAGAGCCGGAAGCUCUUCUCCUCCUUAGGAUGUCUGAUAUCUAAGGCGGUAAUAACGAGCUAAGGCUCGACUAAUCUCCCAUACUCAGAGAGCUUAAGUGAUGGCGUUUCACACUUCACUAAUGUCAGCCUUUGGCCUUUGCCCUUGUUCAUGUAUCAUACUAUGUAUUAAGUGUAUGGGCUCUUCUGCUCUUGAGUUUCUUGUGGGUUUUCAUGUGAUAUGUAAGGUUUGCUACCUUGUAACAUACGGCAUAGGCCCGUAGCGUUUUGGUAGUUUGUGAUAGAGUGUUGAUGCUGGUGUCAAUGUUACCAUAAUGUUUCUUUGCUUUACAGUGUUCCACUGUUUUUGAAGUUUUGUACUUCUUGUGACUUGUGAGUUAUGAAUGAAAAACGAACAUAGUUUGUUCUUGUA